GAAUAAUGUCAGCAAAAAAGACAAAUUCGUCAAUUGAUGUUAAACAAGAAGAAAAGAAAAAUGAAAAACCAAAAAUAGAACCAAAACCAAUCGUUAUAGUUGAUGAAAUUCCAGAUAUUGGAGAGAAUGAUGGAGAUGUUAAGACUGCGAUUAAAAUGGAAAUGGAGGAUUUAUCAUUAACCAAAGUUACAACUGAUAAAAAAGCUAAAAAGAAGAAAAUGGUGUUUGUGGAUUCAAAGGAAGUGCAGUGCGAUCUUGGACCGGAUAAAAAGGAAGGUGCACCUCCCGCUGUAGACUCGCUUCUUUAUUCUGCCUAUUACCAUCCUGUACAACAAUUGACUCCACACGAGCAUGCAGACAUGUGUGAAUGUAUUCAGACGUCAACUUUUAAAAUGUCUCUUUUUUCUGAUCUUAAAACGAAGAUGAAUGAUAAAGAAUAUACUUUUAAUAAUAUGAAGAAGAUUUGGCCUGAGAAGGAUAAGGCCGCGAAGGAUAAGAAGGAUAAGGGGACUGGUGGUCCAGUAUAUAUUUGAUGAUUUUUUUGUAGGAAGAUAUUUUAGAGUAUAUAGGUUUUUUGUUGUUAAUAUGUAAAAGAUGAUAGUUUUGAAGCCUUAGGAUUUUUUUGGUUUUUUUUAGCCUUUUUGCUGAAAUUUUUUUUAAUUUUAUUUUAGCGCCAUUUACUGUCU